CUGCAUUAUUACCCCGCCUCUCCCAGCACUGUCCCCACACGCUCCUAUAAAUACCCACGUGUGCUGCAGUACCUCACAGAAGCCAUGGAGCGUCUCUCAACCACCUUCUUCUGCCUCCUGCUGGCGGUGGCCUCAGGGCGGGCAUGCAACGCGCCCUUCCAAGAGGUAGGUGACAGCUGCUAUUAUAUCGAGACGGAGCUGAAGGUGGGAUGGUCUGAGGCCCGCGCCUUCUGUCAGUCCAUGGGUGGCUACGAGCUGGGUGACCUGGCCGUUUUCUCCUCCUGCGACGCCUUCACGGUCUUCGCCGGCUACUUGGGCUUUAACGCUGCUGCAGACUCCGCCUUCUGGGUUGGCGCGCACACAGAGUUCGUGGUCAACAGCUGGAGGUGGGUGGACGGCACGGUGCUGCCCACGGGCGUACCUUUCUGGGCGUACAGGCAGGGCGACAACAAGGAGCAAGACUGCGCCGCCAUGGACAGCUCCUCCUUCUUCCAGCUGUCUGACUUCGCCUGUGAUGAGCCCAAGCCUUUCGUGUGCCAAGUGCCCAAGUAUAGCCACGGCCGCGACACUCGAGAGGCGGUGCGUCCUGUGACGCUGGACUGCCCGGCAGACAGCGUGCAGGUAGGUGAGUUCUGCUACUGGUUCAGCGACACCAUCAAGACGUGGGAUGAAGCCGAGAAUUACUGCCGCAAUAAUUUCCAAGAAAACCUUGGCGAACUGUUCUCCCCAGCCUCGUGUGAGGAAUUCACCAAGAUGGCGCACCACCUCGAAGUGGCAGAGCGCGACAAGAGCCACUGGGUGGGCGCUGCUGAUGCCACAGGGAACCAGGAAUGGUACUGGGUGUCCGGAGACCCCGUGCCUGGAGGACCGCCUUUCUGGGCCACCAACGAACCUGAUGACCACUUCAAUUCCAACUACUGCGGCAUGAUGUCAUCCUACAGACGCUUCUACCUUGCAGACGAGAGGUGUACCAGCUCUCACUACUUUAUCUGUAAACUGCAUACUGUGUAGCUGACUGCAAGCAGGUUACCACUGCGAGUCUCCUGUAAAGCUAUACAGUGUUGUAUGAGUAUUGUUGCAGUGUUGGGACCUGGCCGUUCUGGAACAACACAUGGCUCGCCAUCCUUCCUUGCACAAAUAUUUCGCCAAGUGUUUAUUAAAUUCUCUCAAUUCA